AUGACUCGAUUUUUAGAACUAAACAACAACUACUCCCAACACAAGAUUUAUACUGAUGGGUCAAAAACGGACAUUGGAACUGGAUACGCCAUUAUCGCUGAAAAAACAAAAAAAAAAACACAAAAUCUCCCCUCUUCAUUAUUCAUCUUCACAGCCGAAACUUAUGCUAUCCUGGAAGCCGUCAAAUAUACACACUCAAAUAACGAAGCCCAGAUUGUCAUUUACACCGACUCUAUGAGCGUUACAAAAUCUCUAACGAAAUCAUACAAUCAAGAUAACCAACUAAUAUCCACCAUCCAAGAACUAAACCACAACCAACCUAACAUAAACGCCACAGUCAUCUGGAUUCCAGCUCAUCAAGGAAUAGAAGGAAAUGAAAAAGUCGACGCAGCAGCAAAAGAAGCCACAGUUUCCUCACUUAUUAAUAAUCGCAAUCAUCUUCCAAUCCCCUGCGACGACCAAAUAAUCCACUGCAAAAAAGUAGCAAAAAAUGAAUGGAACAAUACAUGGAAAACAACUAAAAGCACCCAACUACACAAAAGUAUCCAAGACUUUCACCAACAGGAAAGAAGGAAUGAUUAUCUCACGCCUAAGAACUGGUCAUACCAAGCUGACACAUGAACACAAAA